AUGGACAAAAAGCAACAUUCAAAAUCGACUGCUAGUGGAUCUUCUUCAUCAUCCACAACAAAUAAACCAAAGAAAACAUCAUCAUCAUCAUCAACAGCAGCAUCAGUGUCAACGAUGGGCGGAAGUGCUGCGCUUCCUCAACCUGCUCGUCGAAUUAUUCAGAAUUUUCUUCUCGUCUGGCUCGAUGCUAAUAUUGACGAGUCAAAGGAAGAUUUUCAAAACACAUUAAAACAAUUACGACGAAUUGUAGCAUCCAUUACAACAUUCACCGAUGCUCAACAAUGUUUCGAUUAUCUUAGUGGCAUUACAAAGGAAAAGGCAUUUAUGAUCGUAUCGGGUUCACUUGGACAGAAAUUUGUACCAGAAAUGGAAGCCAUGCCACAAUUAGAAUCUGUGUACGUUUUUUGUGGUAAUCAAUCUUAUCAUGAACAAUGGGCCAACAAAGUAUCGAAGAUCAAAGGCGUAUAUACAAAAAUCGAACCAAUUUGUAAAGCCCUAGAAAUUGAUCGACAACGAUGUGAUCAAACUAUGAUCCCGAUCAGUUUCAAUGGUCUUGAUGCAUUGUUUAUGUAUACACAACUUUUGAAAGAAGCAGUCUUAGAAAUCGAAGAUGAUGAUAGAAAAUCUAUCAAAGAUCUUGUUACAUACUGUCGUGAACAAGAAGAUAUAUCUGAAGAUGAAAUUAAACUAAUCGAACGUGAAUAUCGUGAUCAUACACCGAUUUGGUGGUAUACGGCUCCUUAUUUCAUGUACUCAAUGCUUAAUCGUGGUCUUCGACAAAUGGAUGUCGACAUUAUUCUUAAAAUGGGCUUCUUCAUCCGCCAUUUACAUCAACAUAUUAAAAAAUUACAUGGUGAACAACAAUCCGAUAAGCCCACCAACAGACCAUUCACAGUCUUCCGUGGACAAGAAAACACCACUCCUCAAAAUCUUCUCGACUUGGCUGCUUCAUACAACGACAUCGGUUUGGUGUAUGAUAACAUGGGCGAGUACUCGAAAGCACUUUCAUCGUAUGAACGAGCACUUGAAAUCUGGAAAAUAGCUCUCCCUCCGAAUCAUCCCCACUUGGCUGCUUCAUACGGCAACAUCGGUUUGGUGUAUGAUAACAUGGGCGAGUACUCGAAAGCACUUUCAUCGCACGAACGAUCACUUGAAAUCUGGAAAAUAGCUCUCCCUCCGAAUCAUCCCGACUUGGCUUCUUCCUACAACAACAUCAGUAUGGUGUAUGAUAACAUGGGCGAGUACUCGAAAGCACUUUCAUCGCACGAACGAGCACUUGAAAUUCGAAAAAUAGCUCUCCCUCCGAAUCAUCCCGACUUGGCUUCUUCCUACAACAACAUCGGUUUGGUGUAUGAUAACAUGGGCGAGUACUCGAAAGCACUUUCAUCGUACAAACGAUCACUUGAAAUCAAAAAAAUAGCUCUCCCUCCGACUCAUCCCGACUUGGCUACUUCUUAUCACAACAUGGGCUUGCUGUGUGAAAACAUGGGAGACUAUUCCAAAGCACUUCACUUUCAUGAAAGAACACGAGAUAUUGUCCAGAAAACUCUCCCACCAACGCAUCCUCAUGUGUUACAAUCGAAAAGAGAUGUUGAACGUGUAAAAAACAAAAUGUAA